CAUGCUCACUCUGCCGAUACGACUUCAUUCCUUUACCGUUGAGAUGCCGCACAUCGCAUCGAUUCAAGUGUACAUGACGUGCCCAACCGUCACUAACGGAUGGCCGCUGGCUUGAUGACCUACCAGAGGAAAAUUUGCAGAUCACUUUUGCAGCGCCAGUCUUGGCUUGACUUGGCUUGCAGGAGGGUUUGCAGGAACCCGGCUACAUUGCACACGGCUGACGGCUCGGCUCAGCGAUAAUCAUCGGUUUGAGCAAGAAUUCCUAAUAUGACAACCGAAGCUCAACCAGCGCAUCCCACAUCGAUCCUGCGCGGUCAUAAGGCUCAGGUGCACGCCGCCGCCUUUGUGCGCGGCAACAAGCGUCUUGUGACCGGGGAUGCCGAUGGAUAUAUUGUCGCAUGGGACCUCACCAUAAUGCGGCCUCGGGCCGUCUGGCAAGCCCACAGCAACGCCAUCCUGGGCAUCGCCGGCUGGGGGCGGGACCGCCUGAUCACCCACGGGAGAGACAACAAGCUCAUAGUCUGGAAGUUCAGCCCUGAUGAUGAGAGCGGGUUAAGCACGAGGCUACCACUGGACCCGUCUCCUGAACCUCGUCCGCAGCCGUGGGUGCUGUAUAUGCUUGAAGUCAAUACGAUGAACUUUUGUUCCUUCUCAUAUUGCUCUCUCCGCCCGGAGUCAACUGCUUCCGCUUCGUCCGAUAUUCUAGUUGCGGUGCCAAACACACUUGCCUCAGAGGCCAUUGACAUCUAUCAUUUACCGUCCCAAUCCCGCCGUCAUACGGUAAAGCUUGGAGAGAAGAACGGCAUGGUCAUGGCCCUGUCGCUCUUCCAUCGGGAAGGAACACUGGCACUAGUCGCCGGCUAUGAGAAUGGCCAGGCAACCGUAGCCUACCUUGACGACCAUAACGGCUGGACAGUCACAUAUCAGGCAAAGUCCCACUCGCAACCCAUACUGUCGUUGGACAUAUCGCCCGGUCGAGAUUUCUUCCUCACCUCUAGCGCAGACGCCUUCAUUGCGAAGCACCCCCUGCCCCUGCCUCUGCCCCUUCCGGCACCCAACCAACCCGGUGCAACACAAUUCCACGCUACUCAGCCCGACCAAGACAAGAUUUUGGCAAAGGAACUCACAGACCUCCACGGCCCGGCGUCAGGCAAGUCCCUGCUCUCCGCUGCCCUCGCCAACGAACCCCGCCGCCCUGUCCCGACAGCCGCCCCUCCCCACCCGAGUAUCCCAUCUGAGCCCCUAAAAGCAGUCAACACCAGACACGCAGGGCAACAAAGUCUCCGGAUCCGAUCCGACGGGCGCAUAUUCGCCACAGCGGGCUGGGAUUCCAGGAUACGCCUCUACUCCACCAAGACGCUCAACGAAGUGGCCGUGCUCAAGUGGCACCAGGCCGGCUGCUACGCAACCGCCUUUGCCGAGGUCGAGGUCGCGACCGGAACGGCACCGGAAAACUCCGGCGACGGGGAGGGUGAGACGGAAGGACCUUCUCAGAAACGAGAUGCCGAGGGGCAAGACAAGAGCAACAACAACAUCAGCGAUGGCAGCAAAAGCUUGGCAACCGUGCCCAAGCUCGUCGAGAUGACCGUCAGGGACAAGCGAAUCCGCCAGGCCAGGACGGCUCACUGGCUCGCGGCGGGGAGUAAAGACGGCAAGGUCAGCGUAUGGGAUGUAUUCUAGAACUAGAACCCUAAGUACCUAGUCAGACGCCUUGUCCUUAUCACGGUAAUACAGUACACU